AUGAAAUCCAGUGGUGACCCUUUGAAUUUAACCGAUGUCACGGGUCUAUUCGUCGAUACGAGUGCCGUCGCCGUCGAUGUCUCAUCCAAAGGAAAUCCACCCGAACCGAUUUUUUCUGAUUAUCUCGAAAUGACGUCACUAGUUUUGAUGUUUAUUAUUGGUGCUCCACUUAAUCUGGCUGCUUACACACAGCUGGCCGAACGACCAAUGGCAAGUCGAUUGGAUCUACUGAAACGACACCUCAACUAUACAGAUUUGUUGGUGAUUUUCAUAUACGUGCCUUCAAGGGCAUGUUGGCUGCUCACUUACGAUUGGCGAGGAGGAGAUCUAUUGUGUCGAGUGGUAAAAAUGAUGCAUACGGUAGCUUUUCAGUCCUCGUCAAACGUCAUUGUUUGCAUCGCUCUAGAUCGACUUUUCUCAGUUUUCUCGGCAACACGACAUUCUCCUGAUAAAGCCAAUCGUCGCAUUAGAGCGAUGCUAGCCGCAGCAUGGGCGACAGCCAUCAUCAUUGGACUACCCCAGCUGGCCGUAUGGCGAAGUUACGUGCCGUUCCAACAUAUUAAUUGGAGUCAAUGCUUACAGAUCUGGGAAAUCGCCCGUCUGGAAAAUCCUUCCAUAAAAGGCAAACUCUUCGAUGCUGAAUCCUGGUAUUCAAUUGCUCACAUAGGACUGAUUUUUUGGAUUCCAGCAUUAAUAGUUGUGAUCUGCUACGUAAUUGUUCUGUCGUGGGUGUUCGUGAAUUCCCGCCCGUCAAUCUCAAGAGGGGGAAAUCGUAAUGGAUCGCUCCAAACCGGAUGCGAAACGGUGGAUACCGUACUCACCAGAACUUCAGAAUGGAAUCCAUUGAAAACGUUUUCUCUUCCGAAGAUGAAGGACGUGAAAGACGAGAAAUGCCUCGUUCCGCCUCGAAUUGUCGUUUCGGACGAGUCAUCACUUCCGCUGACAACUCGUCCAUCGAUUGCGUCCAGCGAAGCCAGCGCUGUCAUCAGGACCAGUGUCCACAAUAGCCAGUCGUACCAUGCCAGUGUGAAUAGAUCGAGAGCAGUACGCGUCUCAUUCCUGCUCGUUGCCGCCUACAUCAUUUGUUGGUUACCAUAUAAUCUGCUAAGUCUUGUACAUCUGAUUGAUAAGGAACUGUUCAGCAGUAGUUUCAACAAGUUCUACUUCCUGCACGAAUUCAUGGUAUUCAACUCGGUCGUCAACCCAUACCUAUAUGGGUUAUUCAGCCGUUCAGAUAAAAUACGACGACGAAAUCACGAGUAA